CCAAACAUUACACCUCUCUCUCUCUCUCUCUCUCUCUCUCUCUCUCUCUCUCUCUCUCUCUCUCUCUCUCUCUCUCUAGGGGUGUUUAUUGUGGAAACAUAGGCACCUUUUUUUCAAAACUUUGAACAAAAAUGGUGAGAAAAUGCUCACAUUGUGGAAACAUAGGCCACAAUUCAAGAACUUGCAAUAGUUACAAUAGAGGAAAUGUGAAAAACACAAUUUUGGCAGGAGGAGGUGGUUUAAGGCUAUUUGGAGUUCAACUUGACUCACCACACUCUAUGGUCAUGAAGAAAUGCCUUAGCAUGGAUUGUUUUCCAUCUUCUUCGCCACUAUCAUCGGCUUCGCCUUCUUCUUCUUCUUUAUCUUCCUCUCGGGUCUCAAUCAAUGACCUAACCGACAAGAACAUCUCGGAUGGUUAUCUUUCAAAUGGUCUCAUCAACCGAACUCAAGAAAGGAAAAAGGGCCUCCCUUGGUCAGAAGACGAACACCGACUAUUUCUAGUUGGACUCGAGAGGCUAGGAAAAGGUGACUGGAGAGGAAUAUCGAUAAACUUUGUGACCACAAGGACGCCUACUCAAGUUGCAAGUCAUGCUCAAAAGUACUUCCUUCGGCAGGCAAGUCUUGACAAGAAGAAUCGUCGUUCAAGCCUCUUUGACUUGGUGAGAGGCAAUAGCAUCAAGAAUGCACUACAAAAUCAAGAAAACAAUUGUAGCAUGAGUCAAACAAGCUCCUUUAAUGAACAUCAAGAUUCCAAUGACAAUCUUUCUUUGAUAGAUUUCAGUUCUUUAAAUCAAGAAAAUGUUUACUACAAUCCCAUGGUCAAAUUCUAUGAAACAACAUCAAUAUGUUCUCAGGUGCAUGCUUCUCCAAGUGGUACUAUUGGCUCAAAAAGUGGUACUCUUGACUUAGAACUUACUCUUGCUGCUCCAAACACAAUGGACCAAAACAAGUCAUCUACCACUUCCCUUCAACUUGGGCCCAUUAUUAGUGUUAUUUAGUGCUAAAUAGUUUGAUCAAAUGUUGUAGAUAUUUUCUUUAAUUAUGAUAACUUUGACAUGGGUCUGGUUACUUCUUUUAGAUGAUAUUAUAUUUGUAUGUGUAGGAUA